AUGAUUGUCAAUCUGGCGGUGAAUGGCGCCAGCAACAGUGCCCACGUCCAUGCCCAAGCCUCACACUCCCAUUCCAACUCCCACUCUCACUCGCAUCCUCAAGCACAUCCUCAUGCUCAUCCGCAUCCGCAUUCGCAACCGCAACAAGACAACGACUUCAACUUUCUGAAGCGCAAAUACGAGACGCAACUUGAACCACAGCAGCAACAGCAGCAGACGAUGGCUUUGGGUCACGAUUACGAUCAGUUGAGUGCAAAUCCCUGGAAGAAGCGUCACCUCGACUACGAGAACUCCGCCGGGGACAUGUGCUUCCAGCUCCAGCUGCAGGAUACCAACAGCAACAGCAACAACAAUAACAAUAACAACAAUAGUUCCAGCUCAGCAGUUGCCUCAGUCAGCGUCGCCUCAGCGGCCUUUAUCAACGAUCUGUUCGCCUACGACAGCAGUCUCCUCGUCCCCGGCGCCGUCUCCUACUGCACUCCGCCCUCAGGUGCUCCCCUCGAGGCUGAAGCCGAUGCCGGCGGCUGGCAGACGGGAGAGCUGCUUGAGCUCGAUCAUCGCUACAAUUCGGGUCUGCAAACGGAAAUCUCUCAGCUGAAUGCAACGCUUCCGCCUCCUCCGCCGCCGCCUCCGCCUUCGGCCCCAGCUUCGACUGCGACGCCACCGUCAAGCGGAGUUCAGGAGCAGAGCUUCCUGGUUCCUCAGAAAUCUCAAGCGCAGCCAGCAACUCAGGCGCCAAGUCGACAGACGACGGGCAGUCGACGCAACUCCAAUCAGCCAUCGAACGAAUCGGAACCGGAUUUCGAGGACAAGAAUCUCUCGUGGUUGUUGAACUUCAAGUUCGAUGAGUUCCCGCAUCUGUCUCCCGAUGUUGGAGGCGGUCAGCGAUUGGGUAACGCUGCCAAUGCAGUCAGCGUGGAGCCAGCCACGCCCACCACAGCCGCCCACAUGGCCAUCAGUUCGCCCUGCAGCUCCGCCUCGCCAGCAUCCGCAUCCGCAUCAGUUUCGACAUCGACAUCGACAUCGAACUCCAGCGCAAGCUCAACGCUGCUGCUCGUCGAUCAACGUGGAUCACCCAAAAGCUGCUCCAGCAGCGCAUCCACAGCGACCACAACGGGAGCGGGCGGUGGCGGGGGAAUCGGAGGGGGAGGUGCGACAUCCAAUUCACCCACGAAGACGGGACGCAAGUUCGAGGAGCUCGUCAUGGAAGUCACCUCGGAGAUGGACGCCAACGACAUGAUCGUCGCCGAGCACGUCGUUGUCGAGGACACCAGCUCCAAGGCGCCAAAGAAACCACCGUUCACAUACACGGAACUCAUCGAAUACGCCCUCGAGGACAAGGGUGAGCUGACGGUGUCGGGCAUAUACCAAUGGAUAUCAGAUCGCUUUCCGUACUACAAGUCAAACGAUGAUCGCUGGAAGAAUUCGGUGCGGCACAAUCUCUCGAUCAAUCCGCACUUUCGCAAAGGAGUGAAAGCCCCUCAAGGAGCUGGCCAUCUGUGGGCAAUCUCCAGCGGCGAUUCAGCGGAGAAUGUGCUGGCCUGGGAGCAUAAAAAGCAGCGAUUGGAUUUGUUCUUCAAGAUGGAGUCGAUCAACAGGGAACGCAUUCAACAGCAUCAGCAGCAAAUGCAGCAACAGCAGCAGCAGCAACAACAACAACAGCAGCAGCAGCAACAUCACCAGCAACAGCUGCAGCAGCAACACUGCAACUCGCCACAGCAACAACAACAACAGCAAGCGAGUUGCAUCUACGAUGAGGCAGCUGCAGCUGCCGCAGCGCUGACGCAAGAGAUGCUGCAACAAGCGAGCGAAUCAUCAUCCGCCUCAGCGAGUCACAAUCAUUCGCAUCACAAUCAUCACCACAACAACAACAACCAUCUUCAUCAUCAGCAACAGCAGCAGCAGCAACAACAGCAGCAGCAACAACAUCAGCGACUUUUACCCUUCAGCGAUCUGCUGAGCGAUGAAGAGCUGCGCAAGACGGCGGGACAGAUCCUCAAUGGCAUCCAUCGGGAAGUUGAGGUGCAGUCGGUCAACUCCAUCAUCAGCACCUACCAGGACGUGCUCCUCGACAAUGACUAUCUCAAUCCCAUCCACAAGGACGUCGUGGUCACCGAGAGCGGACUCCGGCAGCAUCAUCAACAACAUCAUCAUCAUCAUCAACAGCAGCAGCAGCACCAACAGCAGCAGCAGCAGCCACACAGCGGGAGCAGCCAUCUGGGUGGCAGCCACUCGCAGUACUACAUCACGGAGAUCGAUCCCAUGGAGCUGGGCAUACAGAUGUCGCAUCAGGUGGAGCCCUCGGAGGAGGAAGUGCUCUUCAGCGACGACUUCAAUCUCAACUAUUUUGGCUACAAUCCCGGCAACGACAUUGUCGCUUGACCGCGCACCAAACAUCCGCAGCCGCCUCCCGCCCAGCAGCAACAGGAAUCCCCAUCCCAAUCGCAAUCCCAAUCGAAUCGGAAUCUCGUCGAUGAGGAGGAGGGGGAGGGGGAAGAGGAGACGGUUGCGCAGUUGCAGCACAGCAAUCAGAGUACUCAUAAGCCAAUUCUAAAUCAAUACUAGUCACACUCGUAAGCCCCGACUUUUAACCACCACCUCUCUCAAGAGACCCCUCAUCCCCCUUCAUCAUCCUUUGUAUAGUCUAGUCUUCAAAGUACCAACCAAGAAUAUGCUCAUCAUUUUUUUUUGUCAACUUAUAUUUAAUGCUAAUUAAUCGGUGGAUAGCCUGUAAGUAAGUAGCUUCUACCUUUUAGAUUAAGUCGCACCCCUCGAAUAGAAUUACGUCCGAUCUCCCGGAGUUUUUACUAGUAGCACUCACAAGAAUUAUAACUACUACUACUCUUAAUACUUCAUAAAUAUCAAUCCUCUAUAUAGUCGAAAGUAUGCUAGUCUUAGUCCUAUAUAUAUACAAUACUGUUUAAUCGUGUAGCAUAACGGCACUCACUCGUACAACUACUGAUACUUUAUGAACUUACUAUAUGAUGAUGUGUCUCAACAAAAUUUUUUUUUUUCUAACUUUAAAUUGUUCAUCUUUGGGAUGCCAAAGACUUCGAUAUUACGAAAUAAUCUGCAUACACUAAAAACAAAAACUUGUCAAAUACCGAUUAGUAGAGCGUAAACCAAAGCGCAGCCCAAUAAAUUCCCGUUUAGUCAACUUUUUAAAUAAACAAACUUCCUCUGAUAAUCACACUAGAUUUAAUCGGAAUACCUCCUAGAAUAAUACACUUUUUACUUUUUUGCAGUUUUCUUAU